AUGGAGAUUAGCGAGAGUCAGAGUGUAAAUCGAACUGCACCUUCACUUCCCCUCGGAAACGUGCAAGAACUAGCUUCCCAUAAUCUCAAAGAGAUCCCUUCUCGGUACAUCCGACCUGAAAUGCAGACAGAUGUAGUUUCAGUCAAUGAGUCAUCACAAAUUCCAGUUAUUGAUCUGCGCAAGCUUGAAGCUGGCGAUGCCGGAUAUCAAACUGAAAUGUCAAAACUUCAUCAGGCUUGCAAGGAUUGGGGAUUCUUCCUGUUAACUCAUCAUGGAGCAACAUCAACAAUUGAGAAGAUGAAGGUGGAUCUACAGCAAUUCUUCAAAUUGCCGUUACAAGAGAAGAAGAUUUAUGCAAAACUGCCAAACAAUCCUGAGGGGUACGGUCAAGCCUUAGUUUUCUCGGAUGAUCAUAAACUCGACUGGAACGACAUGCUCUACAUUUACUCUCUUCCGGAGUCUUCAAGGAACAUGAGAUUCUGGCCUAACAAUCCUUCAUCUUUCAGGUUCGUAAUUCCUGAUUUUGUUCCUGAUGAUUUCAUUAACACUAGAAUGUCUAGAAUAAUGUAUUCAUUCUAA